AUGGGUGUUCCACCAACGACCAAGGCUCUUGCAUAUCAAGAAUCUGACAGUCGAGAGCACAGCGACUUCUCAGAUCACACCGGCCUGCCAGCUUCGACAAUACUUCUCUCAUCCUUUGUCGAUCCCGCGGGUGGGUCAAACGCUGCUGGGGAGACGGAGACCGGCUUUCCUCUGGUCCAUUACCUGUUCCUAGAUCAUGAAUCGAAGGCCGUUGUCCUGACGCUUAGGGGAACAUGGGGCUUCGAAGAUAUCCUCACAGAUAUGACCUGUGAUUAUGAUGACCUGGAAUGGCAAGGAAAGAGCUGGAAAGUUCAUAAGGUGGCUUUCAAGAGUGAUGUUUCAGGAACCAAGUCGCACGUACAAGGCCGUGUUUGGAAUAGCUUGCGGCAGAGUAUCGUUAAUAAGUUCUACGUCAACGAGCCGCCUAUAGUCCAGCAUGCUGGUGACGGUAUUGGCGAAGACGCUUGGGCAUGGAAGACUCUCAAAAUGCUUAGAGAGGAAAUGCUCGCGCCUAAGCUGAUGCCCCCGGGAGAGGUAUUCGUGGUUGAGACCAUGCGCGUCCUACAGCGGGACGCUUUCACGUCUGGUAUGGGUGAUGAUGGCCACCCGCGGCUGGGUCGUCCUGCAACGAGAGUCCAGCUCAAGUUUAUUCGAGACGUCGAAUCAGUCUUUGGAGAAAUGAGAUUCGGAUCAGGGAUGUUCAGUGACCACAAUCCUGCACGUUAUGAAGCAAGCCUCGCGGCGCUCUCGCGUGGAAUUUUAGAUGACUGA